AAGCAGUCCUGCCUCCUCCAACCAUGGCUCCCGGCACCAGGAGCCAGUGGCGCCUGCUGGCCCUCGUGGCGGCCACAUGCCUGCUGCAGAGCCUGUGCGUGGCCAGGGAGGUGCCCUCGGCUCUGCAGGCCAAGGAGGACCUCGAGGGACAGGCCUCCGAGUCCAAGGCGGUGGAGGUGAAGGACCUGCAGGCUGAGGGAACUCACCACCAUCACCACCACGACCACCAUCCUCACCACCACCACCACGACGAGCACCACGAGCACGGUGGCGGUCACAAGCACCACCACGACCACCACCACCACCACGGCCACAAGGGCCACAAGGGACACGACGGCCACCACGAGCACCACCACGGCGACCACGGCCACCACGGCAAGGAACACCACGAGGGCCACCACGACGAGCACGGCGGCCACCACAAGAGCCACCACGACGAGGCCGGCCACCAUCACCACCACCACAAGAAGGGCCACGGCCACCACGGCGGACACCACCACCACCACGGCGGUCACAAGAAGGGCGAGAAGACCCACGGCUUCCACCACAAGCACCACAAGGACGAGUUCCACAAGGAGCACAAGUUCUACGACGACCACCACAAGGGAGGACACCACCACAAGCACGGACACUUCCACGGCCACCACGAGGACAAGCACGGAGGCCACAAGAAGGGCGGGCACGGCGAGCACGGACACCACCACCAUCACCACGGCAAGCACGGCCACCACGACAAGGGGCACCACGACCACGACCACCACGGCCACAAGGGCCACCACGGCCACGAGGAGCACCACGGCCACCACGAGCACUACGGCAAGAAGGGCGGCCACUCGGAGGGCAAGCACCACGGCUACAAGCACGGCCACGACGGCGGGCACCACGGGCACCACGGCCACCACCACUAGGGCCCCGCAGUAUGACAUUUCCCUUCCUGAAUACCUUGUUAUUUAUUUGUCGAUGUUACUUUGUUGUGUAUUUCAAAACCAAAAAUAAAUAAAUAUACUGACAAACCAGAAUACGACUGCUAUCUUUAUGCUUGCUUCUCCUAAAAUUUUUCUUGAUAUAUAUUUGUUUACUGGGUCUAAAAUGCAUCGAAAACUUUCUGAAAACCUUUUAAAUUUUGAGAAACGUUUCUUUUUAACUCAACUGAUAACCAUUACCCUUCCAUUUGAACAGAACUCGACCGUAUGAAAAUUCACAGCAAUAAAAUCUUGGGCUUAUGAAUUUCUCCGAUAGUAAUAUUUUUUUUGUAAAUAUUAUCAACUAUACAUUUCGUAUAAUAUUUUUUUUUUCCUUUAAAAUAAAACGUUUUCCAUCAAUUUAACUUGUUGUUUCUAAUAAAAGUUUGUUUUUUAAAUGCCAUUAUUUUUAAUUUUAAAAAAAAUAUUUUACUAACCUUCAUUUAAAAGCUUUAUUCAUUAUAUUGUUCGACUGUAUGUUUGAAGUGUAUAAAUACUUGUUUCAAUUACUUUUCCAUCAUAAGAAGAGCUAUCUGCUUUAUUGUCUAGACGUUCUACCAGAGUUUAUAAAAAUAGGAAUACAAAAAAUACAAGAACAAUAUGUUGA